AUGGCUCUUCGUAUCAUCGCUCGCAUCCGUAGCGGUCCCAUGGCCAGCAUAGGCCUAGGUAGGCCUUUACAGCGCCGGACAGCCCUCAUGCGUAAAGGGCAGACGAUCACCGAGGCUGGUAUUCAGACAGAGGACGUCAUCACACAGGAAGAACUGACUAAACUACAGUACCAGUCAGCCAUUAUCGUGUCCGACCCUAUUUGUGAUGUCGGCGAGAAGGAGGUUAAGGAUUUUCUAAUUCCUACCAAACCCCCCGCGAGGCUCCUUAUGGAUUGGCUACCCAAACCCAUAGGGGACUGGCUUUGGUGGAGGUCAGGCCGAGCCAAGACGACUGAGAAGCUGUUUAGGUUGGUAUUGGAGAGGUUGGAGAAUAAGCCUCUGAUGGAGGCCUUUGGCAUCACUAUGGGAUUCAACCAUCAGUUGUAUUGGCUUACUCUACAUGCUUGGAUAUUCCAUCAGAAAAUGCUGCAAAUAGGUGACGACCGAAUGGACUACUACUUUUUCGAACAUAUAUGGGUGCUGCCCAAGACGUGGUUGCUCAUUAAGAGAGUCCCCGACUAUCGUUUCAGCUCGGAACUCAGGAACACGAUGGAGUACAGCUAUGGUGGGUGUGUUGCUCUCGACAGGGCGUUACGGAGAGGGGACAUCCUUGCUGCUAGACUGCAGGAGCAACUUCAUGCUAAUAUCCACAGUGGGGAGAUACAGAAGGACGAUAAGCGACUGCUUCUAUUGACAAAGUACACCUUUUUAAAGGCUGGUCACUCAAUGACAACGGCAGCGGCGGCGACUAGUCGGCUGAGUCAAAAGGCGAUGGAAACUGUCCGACAACGGAGUCGGAGUAUUGCUGGAGAUCUAAUGCCACCACCUAGUACCGAUCUCGGCCAGCAGUUGGCAGCCAUAAAGAUAGGCUCGAGAGGCUCAUAUGAGAAUGUCCUUGAUACGAUACAGCAGUACGAAGCACCUUUGAAUGGGCCGGAGACGGUCUACGUUAUGAGGAUGCUAGCAUUCAAUCCCCCUAUCGAGAGAAAGAAGAGAGAUGCCUUGGCUCGACGAAUGCAGGCUCAUGCAGGCUGGAGUAGUAUAGAGGAAGGCGUCCGGCAGAACGCCCCUCUCCUCAAUAUGUCUCAUUUGUCAUUGCUCAUAAAUAGGCUUAUGGUACUGGGCCUUCAUAGAGCGGCAGAGUCGGAAGAGGUGCGGUCAGCAAUGCUACAGAGUAUACCCAGUAUGUACCAACCUCAGCUGUUAUCAAUUCUAAAGGCAUUAAACGGCUUCUCGCCUAUUCCGAUGGACCUAGUUGAGAUGAUUGAGCAACGGUUGAUAAAGCUACUACGGAAGGAGAAUAGUCAUAUAGCAGAUGAUGAGAAUAGUAGUCGAAAGAGGCGACCGUUGCAAAGCCAAGAGCGUGUUACAGUGGAGGGAGCUCUGUCCUUGCUACAGAGGUUGCCACUUAUAUAUGGGCAUCGUAUCACCACAGGUGAUCUCGAUGUUAGGACUAAGCGCCUACUAGCAUUGUUGACGAGACGAGUGGUGCAGCAUUGUGAGUCGGAGGAGGCAACUCCUGGUGAGCUGGCUAGCAGUCUGAUAUCGGCCUAUCGUUGCCUUGGGGAUGAUCAUGCAGUCGUUAAAGCAUUGGAACAGCCCUUUCUGGACAACUCUAAGUUGAUAUCAGAGAUCGAUACGGAUAAGUUGACGGCGUUAGGGGCGUGUCGUAGGCUUAGUUUUGGUGUUAGAUCACAGAUAGCGAAUGAGUGGGUUCAGAGGCACCCCCUAUUGGCUAUUGAAGCCAUCCGAGCACUACGGUUUUAUCAUCACUUUGGUGAGAUGCCGCCAGAGGCCAAGUUGACGAUGAUAGAGAACUGUCAAGAGUUGUUCAAGUCGGCUAGGCGCUCGAAGAUGCGAAGACAGUUGGGAAGUGCUGAACUCCUCCAGCUAUGCCUCAACGUAGACCCCCUAGUGUGGAACUGGGGCCUCAUGAGGGAUAUGCUCACUGCUCUACAGGCCAGACAGGAAGAGUUCCCGGCUCCUGGCCUAUUGAAGGUGCUCCAGAAGGUGGCUCACCUUAGACUCCUAGAGAAGCACACGGGUCUUGGCAGAAGGGUAGAGGAGCUUGUCGAAGGGCUUACGUUGAGGGGUGCCGAGGCCUUCACGAAUCCGCAUCAUUUAUUGGAGGCAGCCACUGUAUUGGGAGAGUUGGGCCAUUAUAGGCCUAGUUACAUAGAGGCGCUAACGACACGUGCGUUAGAAUUAGCGAAUCAAAAAACGGUGGUGAGCGGAGCGAUGCAGGAGGAAGAUACUGGUGAAGCUGAGGAUGUUGGUGAGGGGAAGCCAGCAGAGGAUGAAGGAAGCGUUGAGGAAGAGCAAGAGGAGGCAAGUGUAGAGGAGGGGCAUCAUGGAGGUGGUCGAUUGUUCCCCUCUGGCAUGAAUGGCUGGGAUGACUACAUCAUAGCUUUCAAGAGAGCUAUUGAGAAAUACCAACCCGGUACUAGUCCAGAGGCGUUGGAUGAGGCGGUGGAGGGUAUCGUUACUGAUGAGCAUCGGUUCAGCCAAGUGUCUAUGAACUCCCUAACCUAUCUAGCGACCUUCUCGGAGGGGUACAGAGGGAGGUGUCUGGAAAGGAUGCAGGGCAUGAUGAAGGAUGUCCCUAUCAAUCGACUCAUCCGACUAGCCCUGCAUGGGGGCAAUAGGUCUGAUGACGAUGCACCUCUGGCUGUUGGGGAAGCCGAAGUGGACUUGAAGUCUAUGGCAUUGGUAGAGCUCAAUGGGCGGAUCGAGGAGAUACGGAAGGAGCCUCCAAAGUGCGCGGUGAUGAUUGAUAUCUGGUCCCGGUCUACAACGGCAUUGCCUGAUAGAGACACAGUAUUGACUACGUUGGAGGAGGCACUGAUCCCUGAUGUCCUCGGCACCAAGGGCCUCGACCUUAUCAGUGGGGUAGGGUGCUUGCAUCUGAAGGAGAUGGCGGCGACCUCUCCUUCGGGAAGGGGCGACAAGAUACUAUGCAAACUGAUGGACGAGGUGCAUAGGGUGGCUACUGACAGGUCUCCUACAGGGCCUUUACGUUCCCCUGUGGGGUCCUUCCCAGAGGUCGCUAUGUUGGCAUACUCUACUGCCGUACUCCACUUCACAUCAGGUAACGAUGGUAGAGGUCUGCCUAUAGACGUCUGGUCACGAGUAGCAGAUUUGGUGGAUAGAGCCUUCAAAGUCGGGGCACUGCACAACCCAGCCAAUAAGGCCCAUCUGUGGCGCGUGACGGCGUGGUGGUGUGCCCUGAGUCACACGACCCCGGCUACCGUAUUCACGGCGGUCCAUCGGAGGUAUCCAGAAAUGACUGAGGCCAUCACGUCAAUGAUAACACCAGACCCUGAGGAAGAGGAAGAGGCCUUCACAGAGCUGACGGAGGGGGAGGGCAUGCGGGAGGCUGAGAGGAUGCUCAUACCAAUGAUUGCCGCCACCCUUAGUGACCUAGGGAUGGUCGCACAGAUGUCCACGACCGUACCGGGGACGCCCUUCUCCCCUCAUCUAACUCUACGCUCUCACAAUGUAGUCAUACAAGCAGCUACUGAUGAGGACUUGCUAUGCUGGGCGGAUAGCAGUGAUCAACGCCUCAGUGGAAAGGCGGUCCUGUUCGAGCGUCUAUUAAAGACAGUCGGUUAUCGAACGAUCUGGCUGAGGUCCGAUGCAGAAUGGCAGAGGCUUAUUACUCAGCCUAAUACACAAGGGGAGAUGCAGGCGAGAGUGAAGGAAAUGAUCAACGAGGAGGAGGCCGUGGGGAAGGGUAAAUGA